GCCCCGUGACGCGGGGUGGCGCCUGGCCGCAGUGUCGGAGGGGCUCCAGCUUGUCAGGUUCUAGCUCAUAUUUUCUGGCUAGACCUAUGACCAUUCCUGUGAAACUUCACACAUUUUCUCAAGUGUCUUCCUCAUCUGUUCUGUGUAAUUCUUCGAUAUGGACCUGCUACUUUAGCUAACCUAUGACCAGCAAUGAAUAGUAGCACGAUAUGUGCUGAUUAGAAAGCUCACUUGGCAGUGUGGAGCAUAAGACAGUGCCUUACAAAAAUGGGGUUUGGGAGUGACCUGAAGAAUUCACAUGAAGCUGUGUUAAAAUUGCAAGACUGGGAAUUACGGUUACUGGAAACAGUGAAGAAAUUUAUGGCUCUAAGAAUAAAAAGUGAUAAAGAAUAUGCAUCUACUUUACAGAACCUUUGUAAUCAAGUUGAUAAGGAAAGUACUAUACAAAUGAAUUAUGUCAGCAAGGUAUCCAAGUCUUGGCUACUUAUGAUUCAGCAGACAGAGCAGCUAAGUAGGAUAAUGAAGACCCAUGCCGAGGAUCUCAAUUCUGGACCCCUUCACAGACUCACCAUGAUGAUCAAGGACAAGCAGCAGGUGAAGAAAAGUUACGCAGGUGUUCACCAGCAGAUAGAGGCAGAAAUGAUGAAGGUUACAAAGACAGAAUUAGAGAAAUUAAAAUCCAGCUACAGACAAUUAGUAAAAGAAAUGAAUUCUGCCAAAGAGAAAUAUAAAGAAGCUUUAGCUAAAGGGAAAGAAACAGAAAAGGCCAAGGAACGUUAUGAUAAAGCCACAAUGAAACUUCACAUGUUACAUAAUCAAUAUGUAUUGGCAUUGAAAGGAGCACAGCUUCAUCAGAAUCAAUAUUAUGAUACCACACUUCCUCUGCUUCUGGAUUCAUUACAGAAGAUGCAAGAAGAAAUGAUAAAAGCACUAAAAGGUAUAUUUGAUGAAUACAGCCAGAUAACCAGUCUUGUUACAGAUGAAAUAGUGAAUGUUCAUAAAGAAAUUCAAACAUCGGUUGAACAGAUAGACCCUAGCACGGAAUACAAUAAUUUUAUAGAUGUUCACAGAACAACAGCUGCUAAAGACCAAGAAAUUGAAUUUGAUAUUUCUUUGUUAGAAGAGAAUGAAAACCUUCAAGCAAAUGAGAUUAUGUGGAAUAAUUUAACAGCAGACAGUUUGCAAGUAAUGUUGAAAACUUUAGGAGAAGAAAUUGUGCAGACACAGCAAUUGCUUUUGCAAAAGGAAGAGGCUGUCUUGGAGCUGGAGAAGAGAAUUGAGGAGUCUUCUAAGACAUAUGAAAAAAAGUCUGAUAUUGUGCUUCUGCUGAGCCAAAAGCAAACUCUUGAAGAACUGAAACAGUCAGUCCAGCAGCUGAGAUGCACCGAGGCAAAGUUUACAGCACAGAAAGAACUGUUAGAGCAGAAAGUCCAAGAAAAUGAUGGGAAAGAGCCGCCUCCAGUAGUAAAUUAUGAAGAAGAUGCACGAUCAGUUACAUCUAUGGAAAGAAAGGAGAGGAUAUCCAGAUUUGAAUCUAUUCGUCAUUCAAUUGCUGGACUAAUUAGAUCUCCAAAAUCUUCCAUUACCUCUUCAACAUUUGGUGACACGACCCCGACAAGUGAGAGGCCUCUGACAGAGCAGGACUGGUACCAUGGUGCAAUUCCCAGAAUAGAAGCGCAAGAUCUGUUGAAGCAACAAGGAGACUUCUUGGUGCGAGAAAGCCAUGGGAAACCUGGUGAAUAUGUCCUUUCUGUCUAUUCUGACGGACAAAGGAGACACUUUAUCAUACAAUUUGCUGAUAAUCUGUAUCGAUUUGAAGGCACUGGGUUUAUGAACAUCCCUCAACUUAUAGAUCAUCACUAUACAACAAAACAGGUCAUCACUAAGAAAUCAGGAGUAGUUCUACUGAAUCCUAUUCCUAAGGAUAAGAAAUGGGUUCUCAAUCAUGAGGAUGUCACAUUGGGAGAAUUACUGGGCAAGGGCAAUUUUGGAGAGGUCUAUAAGGGCAUAUUAAAGGAUAAAACUGCUGUUGCUGUUAAAACGUGUAAGGAAGAUCUUCCUCAGGAACUGAAAAUAAAAUUCCUACAAGAAGCCAAAAUUCUCAAACAAUAUGAUCAUCCUAAUAUUGUCAAGCUAAUAGGAGUUUGCACACAAAGACAACCUAUAUACAUCAUUAUGGAGCUGAUUCCAGGAGGUGAUUUUCUCACCUUUCUGAGAAAGAAAAAGGAUGAAAUAAAACUCAAACAGUUGGUGAAAUUUUCAUUAGAUGCUGCUUCUGGUAUGGAAUAUCUUGAGAGUAAAAAUUGCAUACAUCGGGAUCUUGCUGCAAGAAACUGCCUGGUAGGUGAAAAUAAUGUUCUGAAAAUCAGUGACUUUGGAAUGUCUCGUCAGGAAGAUGGUGGUGUGUAUUCAUCUUCCGGCCUAAAGCAGAUUCCCAUUAAAUGGACAGCACCAGAAGCUCUUAAUUAUGGGAGAUACAGUUCUGAGAGUGACGUGUGGAGCUUUGGCAUCCUUCUCUGGGAGACGUUCAGCCUGGGGGUCUGCCCAUACCCUGGAAUGACAAACCAGCAGGCACGGGAGCAAGUGGAAAGAGGUUACCGAAUGUCAGCCCCGCAGAAUUGUCCAGAGGAAAUUUUUAAAAUUAUGUUACGGUGUUGGGAUUAUAACCCCGAAAACCGUCCUAAGUUCACGGAACUUCAGAGAGAACUCGCUGGCAUCAGGAAGAAAUUCUCCUAGAGACGGGGCGGCCCUCGGCCUCCCUCUCUGUCCUCCAGCACGGAUGUUGUUCUUCUCAUUCACAAUGAGUCUGUUCCACGUUACCUGCAGCAGUCUGCUAAGGUUAUUUUUUAUUAACUGUUUUUAAAGAAAUAUGUGCCACUUGGAGAAAAAAAAAAAAAGUUAAGGCAGAUGCAUUCAAGUCCUAGGCCGCCUUCUGCCUGGCCUCUGGCCCAUGUAAAUAGAGUGAAGCACAGGCUGCCAAGGCCUGUCUCUCUCACACUAGAACGACUGACGCUUCUCAAGAGCUUUCCACGUCAGACACAGCUGACGGGCUGCUGCCCAGUGCUGCAGACCAUGUUCCGUCGGUGCUAUGUGCUGCGCUGGCAGCAUCAUGUUUGCAGAGCACAUUCCAACCAAAGUCAGCCAAGGCAAGAAAAUAUUUGUGAACAUCAGUUUAUGCUGGGAAUUGUUUGGAUCUCCUGAGGUUUCUUCACUUUUUUGUGCAUAAUGUAUGAAUCAGUGUGUUCCUAUGUUAGUAGUAAGGUGGUGACUUCCUUCUUCCUUGUCUAAGCAUCAGAAAAAUGGUGCAUCAAACAUUCUUAGAAAGAACUUGCUAGAAGUGAAGACAGGAGCUUUGGAGUGAUAUUCAAGAGAGCCGUAAGAGCAAGAAUGUGAUGGUCUGCAGAGAGCACCUGGGAUAGUGUUCAAAGAAGAGAUGAAAGUACAGAAUCUGCCUCUUACCAGAGUAAUGCCUUAUAGAUACAAACACACACAGAUAACACUAACUAUAAGCUCUAAGUUUGUGGAAAGAAUCUGUGAAAUGUUUUCAGGAAUAGGUUGAUAGAGCAACAACAAAAAUGUCUUUGAGAAACUAUAAAACAUGCAGGUCCCUAGAAAUAGCAGAAGACUUUGAAUUCAGUCCCCUCACCCCAGAUGAGGCAUCUGAAAUUGGAGUCCCUUCAUUUGUUCCAGCUGUCAGAAUUCCAUGACCCUGAGUCUUAGACACAUUCAUGUGUGAGUACAUUGUCAUACUCACACAUAUAUAAAUUACCAUGAAAUGUAGGUGUUAAUGAUGAAUAGUUAAGAAGCCACAUGGACAUUGUUGAGGGUAAAGAUGUAAGCGCAGACCUCCUAUUUCCACGUUCUUCCUCAGUUUACCCUUACACUGCUACCUGAAAACUCUGACCAUUAGCUGUCAUGUAUGUGAAUACAGUUCUGAAGAUUUUCAUAUGAAAACUAUGUGACACAGUCAAAAAUAGGAUCUGUUCACUUAAAUCAAUCAUAUUGAAGGAAUUUACCCUGUGUUCUGUAUAUAGUCGCUUCUCAGGAUAAACAUGUGUUAGGAGAUGGUCACACUCAGGGGUAAAUAGGAGCUUUCUGUGAGCACUCAGGCCUGUGCCCAGAUAAAUAGCACUGUGUGGUUUUUUUUGGUCUACCUUUAUGGGAAGAAUUUAUGAGAUCUAAAUUCCCCCUGCCCUUUUCAACAGUUUGAUAACUAUCAAUUCAUUGUGCAGAACACAUACCCAAUACUUUAGGGAGGAUAAAGGGUAAUACUGAAGAGAUUAUCCUUGUGUCCAUCAUUUCCAUCUCCUGGCAAAUUUCACUCACACUUAAUGAGUCCUACAUUCAGGCUAAAGUGAAAAGAUGUAAUAAACUUGUUCUCAAUCAUAUAUUGCAAUAUAUAGAGCUUAAAACAAAAUUGUUUUCCCCUUCAGUGAAAUAUUCUAAAUAAAUAGAAACUUCUUUUGAUGAUCUAUACUAUGAUAAAUCAGAUUUCUAAUUCACCAGAUGAAGUUAAGAGCUGUGAUUUUCAGGUGCUUGUUAGGCUCCAAAAGGAAUGAUAUAAGAUGGGGACUGUCCACUCUUUAUCAGAAUUUCCAAGCCAAUCUUUCUGCAAUAUUUUUUUGUUUAAAGCAAACACCUCAUCACUAAGCAGCCUCAAUGCUGUGCCCACAACAAGGAGAGAGAAUGAGAUCACUUUGGCUUUAAUUUCAUGAAUCUGAAGCUUAAUCUUUGCAUUCUGGUGUACAGUCUGAACCUGGCAUUGAUAUUUCUCACUCAUCCAAGCUGUUACAAUUUGCAAUUCACAUCAUAACUCUGUGCUUAAAUUAAAGAAGCUUUUCAAAACAUCAUGACAUCUGCAGCAUUUAAAUUCUAUUUUAUUCUUUGUCCCAAAGCAGGCAUUGGUGUAGUUCAGGAUUAAUAACUCACAGGGAGUCUUUCAAGAUCAUAUCAGUUGUACAGAAUAUUAAACUUUACAUGGGCACAUGCAUUUAGAAAAAGUUAUGCAAGCCAUUUUUACUGUUAAUUUUGCUGUGCUUGAAGCAUAAUUUAUUCAUCCCUUCUGCCACUGAUAAUUAUUAGAAUUAUGUACUUUAUGAGGUUAAUCCAUCCCCAAAAGCACACAUAGAAAUACUCUUCUGAAUUCUCAAGUUAAUGUAGAAAAAGAAAGUCUUCAGAAAUGCACAGAAUCCAACUAAAAUUAACUUGUUUAAUAUGAAAGCACUUGUAACUCAAGUUACCACUGGUCUGAAUCUAAGCCAGAAGCUAGCCCACUGUCUUUGUAUUGCUGGAGUUUCCAAGAGUUGUAUACAACAUACUGAUAUAAUUCCUGUUACAGUGGUGUAAAUUUAUGAAUAGAGUAGGGUGUAUGAGCCUACACAGGAUGAUUCUUACCUGUGUUUUUCUGUUUUGGUCACCAAAGAGUUUUACGAGAUAUAUUUAGGUAGCUUGUCAUUUUUCAAGGAAAGAAAGCUUUCAGUGUCAACUUAACAUUUGUUACUCACAGUGAAACCUAAAAUUAAUCUUGUAUUCUGUCUUAUCUAAGCUUCGUUCACACAAACCAACAUUUUAUUUGUCUUCCAGGAAAAUAAUAAUAAAGGAUUAGCAGGUUCUGUUUAAAUGUUCAAAACCAGAAGUUUUAUGUCAAUCCCUUCCUCCCACUAGGUCUUAUGAAAGGGGUCCUGUAAUCAUUUGUUUUAAUUUCCUAUAUUUAAUAUAGACAAUGCGAGUUUUUCCAUAUGAUCCCAUUUUACACAGACACAGUAUUAUUGAAGCAUCUUCCUAGCUUAUCAGUAGAGAGCAUAGGCCUAACUCUAGCCUCUAUUCCUUGCACAUAUCACAGUUAAUUUUUAUUUGAGGCCUAUUUUUAAAAGGAAACCAAAAGUUUAUGUAUUGAAAUUGUUUUAAUGUUCUUUAAGAACCACUAUAUUAUACAUACAUCUGUAUAUGUAUACGGUUCCCUUGCCUGUGCCAUAGUCACACUUCAUUCUUGUUACUCAAAUGUCUCUGUGUAUGUGUACGUGCGUGUGUGCUACCACCACUAAAAUAGCUAUGGGACCAGAGAAACAGUACACUAGGUAGGGCACAUGCAAAGCAUGUGACCCACCCAGGUUUAAUCCCCAGCACCCCAUAUGUCUCCCAAGCCCUGUAGGAGUGAUUCCUGAGCACAGAAGCAGGAGUAAUCCCUGAGCACCUUUAGGUAGGCCCCAAAACCAAACUAAAAUAAAUUAACUAUGACAUUACAAUACAGAUGGAAGAUUGUGUUCAGUAAGUGUUUUGAUUAUAAUAUAUGCCAUACAGUGAGGAAUUUGUCAUGAGAUAAGCAGAUGUUAGCAGGGAGAAAUACAUGUCUAGGCCACCUGUCACCAUAAAGCUAUUUCAACCACUCCACUUAAGAUUCAUUUUUAUGAUUCAGUGUGUGUUAAGCCCCUGAGAACCAUACUUCUAUACUUUAUGUACAUGGUUUUGUAGCCAUGUGUCUCUUAAAGUGAGGUUUCAGUGUUUUGACUGCUAUUUUAUGAGACCCUCUUUUUAUGCGUAGUCUUUUGAUCACACCAUCAGUAGUUCAGAUGCUUCCUCUCAACAGAAUUCAUUUCCAUGAGCACUGCUCUGAGUCAUAUAAUUAAGCUGUGCUUCCCACGGGGGCAGAGCCACCCUCAGGGAGCAUUAGAGCAACUCGGUGCACUUGUGGGGGCACUUUCUACUUGUGCAUUUGAAUAUGGUAGGUUCCCAGGGGAGCUCUGGGCACUGAGAAACUUUUUUUUUCUGGAAAGGGGGCGGCGGGACAAAUAAGUUUGGAAAGUUCUGAUACAAAGAUUGUGUUCCAAUUUAGGUCAUGGCCCAAACACAGAAUAGAAUGAUAAGAGGUAAAAGGACAACCAAGGGACAGGUGUUGAAAGGAUAUGUUUUCUGUGUGUAUUAAUAUCUUAAAUGGAAACAAAUUUAUAUAAAAAUGAGUUUGUUACAUUUCCAUUAUACUGUUACAGUCAGCAUGAAAGUUUACCAUUAAAAUAAAGUGUUACCUCUUUCAUUUCUUUUAUUUGCUUAUACAUACCAGAAUUUAUGAAAUAUUCUUUUGAUUAGUUUUAUUAUCAAUGCUGAUCAUUAUUUAAAAUCCAGAACUAGAUAUUAAUUUCUGAUUUUAAAGAUUUAAUGUACCAAAAGCCUAUUUGAAGGAGACAUUAGUAUAUUCUUAGGGUCCCAUAAAAUUAUCCUUUCAAAAUUAAUGCAAAAAAAUAAUGCAGUAAUAGAGAUGUGCGGGCAAUCUAUUUGAGACAUAAUUCAUGUAAGGAAAUAUUUAUUACCUCCUGAAAGCCAGCCUACUGCCUCACAUAGAUUCCAAAACUAAAUUCUGAAUUUCUAAGUCAAGACACUGAGGCUCACUUAGCUGCCUGGUCCAUGAUAGAGAUUCCUAGUGUACUAAAUCUAGUGCAUCUCAUCACACGAGUCACAAGCAGACACUGCAGCUUAUCAGUCACCAGGGAAGGUGCUAAGGCCAACAGCUCCAAGCAGAGGAACGCACCCAGGACGCUGGGGUCAGAUGGCAGAUCUCCACCAGAGGGGCAUGACUGCAGUGCACCAAGGCUUGAACCAUAUCCCUAAAGAGUCUGAGAAGAAUGCUAUGAGGUCAGAUUCUUUCCUAUUGCAAAUUUUAAAAAUACUGGAACCAAAGACAACGCAUCAAGAGAGUUGGCCUGCCAGUGUGGGGGCCUUAAUGUCUGCAAACUAAACAUUCACUCUUGCAUUAGGAGCCGUCUUAGCUCCUCGUUCAGGGGUACUGCAGCCAUGGGUUUCACUUACUCGUCUUGACAACAACCCAGUUUGGACAGACUUUUUUGAGCGUUUUGGUUUUCUUUUUUCUUUUUUAUUGAAUUACUGUGAGUUACAGUUCCCAACUUAUUCAUGAUUUUCAGGUAUAUAUGUGGACUUUCAAGAGAUGACUCAGUGUCUCUUUUUUUCAUUUGAUUUAGUUUAUUUAAUUUUUCCUAAGCUCAGAUCAUUGAUGAUUCAGACUUUAUUAGAAAUAUUUACAAGGAGGCUUACCCCAAACUAGUCCCCUACUGAGCACAUGGCUUCAAGCAGCCUUGCUUCAUCUUUCACUCAAUCACUGAUUCAUGACAUUAGUCACCCGCAGAUAAGGGCUACCUUCAGAAGGACCUUAAUGUACUAGAGAAGAAGAGAAUUUGGCAGGGCCUGUAAGAAAAUAGCAAGUGGAUAGCUUUGUUCCCAGCCCUGAGACAUCUGACAGGAAGGAGUCUUAGGAAGGCCUGAAGCUGCUCAUCACCCCAGUCAGGUAGGAUCAGACACAGAAGGCAGAGAAAGAGCCGGAAAACGGAUGAGUUGAAGAGAUGCAAGACAGUUGCAAAGUGAGAAUACACAGUGAUUCCAAGGCUGACCAGCCAAAGCAGGAAGACAGAAUCCACUGCAGGUGGCUGGUGGACGGACUUCCUGCACCACGGUAUUAAAUACUACCUGCCUCUUGAGUCCCUGAAGCAUGUCUUUAAAAGCAUAGUGAUCUUAGGUUGUUUUUUUUUUUUUUUAGGAUCUCAGGAGCUAGCUGGCAGGGAAUGAGUGGGUCUUGCUCUGUGUUUCUGGGAGGGGUGCAGGUGGGCUCCUGAUUCCCUGCAGCGGAAGACUGAGAGGUGGCACCACACAUCAGGCAGCCAGCACUGGAGGGAAACUGGAGAAAUCUCUGUUUUUUUAUUUUAUUAAAGAAAAAAAUAUCUUGCAGGUGUCUCUGCUUGUAAACAUAAAGACAGAUUUAGCUUCCCUGCCAGGAAACUCAUACUGGCCUUGAAACAAGCAUAUUCAGGACUCACUCUAAAGAUUCCGAUCUCACAUGUGUAAGCUAUUUCCCCAGCAUUACCACACAAGCCAACAGGUGAACUAUUCCAUAAAGUUUUAAAAUGUUCUAUGCUAUGACCCUGUCAGGUAGAAGCAUUGUUUAAUACUUUGUGGUAUGCUUUCCCUCGGUUUUAUUUGCACAGGUAGUUUUCCUUGAACAUCUGCCAUAACAGGUGCAGAGUCACGCUGGUGCCACUUGUUGGGGAGUUUUUUUGUUUGUUUUCCCGUUUAUGUUUGAUUUUGGUGUUUCUUUUUCUUAUGCCCAGUUCUUGAUCUCUGCUUUACCAAAGUGGAAUAAGACUUUAUCUUGAGCUUUUCUUAGAGAGUGUCCAAAGUACUACUUGGAUAUUAACAGACCUGGAACACAUGAGCUUUUCUUUAGUUCCAGGAGAAACUGCCGUUAGGGGCUCUCCCACCUCUCAGCCUCCUAAAGGUCAGCUUCGAGCCCAUUCCAGGAAGCAGCUUAGCGUAGAAAGGAGGCUGAGCUGUCACCCUCGCAUUGGAAAUAGGACGGUUGGCACCACUCAGCUAACAGUUAAUAUUUUACAGUAAAGGCUUUGGGGACAUUUUCCCAGGACAGAAAGAGCACUUUGAGGAGAGUGUCCCAAGGAAAUAACCACUUGACUUAGAUUAGUAAACUCCUUAGAUGGCUUAGCUCCAAAGAAACCCUGACACUCACAAAAAUUACCUUAGACACUUGAACAGACUCCACUUUUCUAUGUCAGUAAGGUUUUUUACUUCUUUCACACUUCUUUUGUUCAUAAAUGUCUAAAAGUAAAGGUGUUUCAGUUGUGCAAUGUUAAAAGUUAUUCCAUAGCUUCAGAAAAGAACUAAACUUCACCAGUCUACAGAGAUAAACAAACCCCACAGACCACAGUAUUAAAUUAUCGAUUUUACCUUACAUUUCCCAGCCUUCAGCAAGUCAACCUUUCACUAAGAAUGUCUUCAGAAUCAGAAUGGUAGCCAAACUAGGUGCGAACCAAACUAAGAAGGCAGAUUUGGGGCAUCAAAGCCAACACUUUACCCUCUUCACUCCAAUGUGUUUAGUUAAAACAUCCUUUCUAAAAUCAUAGUGUCUAAGCAAUUCAUCUUAUCACAGGAGGUAAUACUUUAUUUUGAAAACAUAGGACAGGUGUCAGUUGGAAAUAUCAGUGUUCUAACCAACACAGAACAUGUGUAAGAUGUCAGUAAACAAAUCCUAGUUCCACAGUGGAAUAGCAAAAUCCUAAGUAUAAGAAUAAGAAGUGAAGUUGUAAGUGAUUCCCAACUCUCAGUAUUAAUAUUUCAUUCACACAGUUCUUAUAAAGUUGUUUAACUUUAUGGUCUUUCAUGCUGCCUGAGAAAUUCUUUAUGAAGCAAGAAACUCCCUCCUCAAGUUGGAACUGAAAUUUCUCAGGGCCCUUGAUUUCAGUGCUGUCGACUGAGUCUGGCACAUGUUAUUAUUUCCUCUCCACGAACGAACCAUUCUAGCCGGCUUUAAGGGCUCACUAGUCUGUGCUUUUGUUAGUACUUAAAUACAGAAGGGGAGGAGGGGGACAGGGAAAACAUCAUUAUGUGAAAAUGCUUCAUUUACAAAUAAUUUUACUGAGAAGAAAUAAACUUGCUUUCUACCUUUAAAAAAAUACCAGCUUGUUUCAAGCAAAUGCAAAGGGCAUGGUGCCCAGAACCAUGCUCAACAUGACUGAGAAUGCAUUCUGACCCGGAGAACAGUGGUUCUUAUAUUUAGACUAUGGGUUGCUAUGGAGGUCCAUUUCCUGCCUGUCUGAAUUGCUUUGCUUCCAUUGCGUGCAGAAAAGCAAUAAUUUCCCACAAAUUUUCCUGUGAUGCUAGAGGACAUUCAUAUUCAUAAUGUAUUUAAAAAAAAGUGUUUUAACUUAUUUUUCUAUUUUACUGUCAAGAAGAAAAUUUUCACAAAUUCACCAGAUUUCUCACAGCAAAUCUAUUUUAUAACUCUAUGAUUCUAAAUCCAGUGCUAGGUAUAGACUGUAAGCAUACCGUCAGAAUCAAAGACAGAAGAGAUGGUCUGGUGGGGAUCGUGGUUGUUUCAAAUCCAUGAUCAAAGUGCCCAAGACAGGACUCACUUGUAUGUUUCACUCAUCAUAGGAAGUAUCAGUACCCAAUACCCAAUACAGAAUUGUCACGUGAUCUCCACAUGGUCUAGUAGUCAGGCAUGUACUUCCCAUGGGGAAUUUCUCUCCAUCGUGUUCUAUCAUCUAAUAUUUAAGUUUCUCAUUGAGAAUGGUUUUAUUCGUAAGGCAUCUAUAGAUUUUAUGUUUAUUUAAAUUCACUGGCCCAUUAAACAAUCUGAGUAUUAUUGGAGGAGUUGGUGGUGGUGUGAAUUCUGCUGACUUUAUAUGAUGAUGGUUUUCUUUUUGUGUGUUCUACUUGUUUUGAUCUAGUUAGUAUUCUCAAAGAUUGGAACUCAGGGCUAUAGACAUAGUACAGUGGGUAGGGCACUUGCUGUAUAUACGUCUGAGUCGGGUUUGAUCCCCAGCACCCCAUAUGGUUUCCUGAGCCAACCAGGAGUAAUCCCUGAGCACAGAGCCAGGAGCAAAUCCUGAACCCAGCUGGAUGUGGCCCCAAAAUAACCACCACCACAAAAUUGGAACUCUUGUAGUUGUGGCCAUACAGCCACAUAGAAACAGCCAAAUAAAUUCUGGAGAAAGUUAACUGUCCAAUUUCCCAGGAUAGUGCUUCUUUUAAAGCCUGAUGUCAUGGAGAACAGAGGUGAGAUGCACAGCCAGUAGGUGCUCUCUGACUGCACAGCCCCACUGUGCGCACUGCUGCUUCUAAGGCCCAGCACCGCCACGAGUGGUUGUAAGUCUGUGACUGGGUACUUCCUCUUCCAUUUGAGAAAAGAGGAGUUUGGGAAGACGGGGCAGAAGUGCAGCCUGUCCCCAGGCAGCCCUCCAUGGUAUGGAUGACCGAUUUGUAAGCAUUAUCUUGAUCAAAGAAUUCCCAUGGUUUACAAAAUUUCCUUUUUGUGCCAAUUUAUGGACAAUUUAAUGUCAGGUUAAGCACCUUUCGUGUUGUUGUUUGAAAAUAAUAUAUUUGUGAAUUAGACAAAAGAAACACUGGAAAUAGGCUGCUUCUACUGAAAAGGUCAAGUGUAAAACAUACAAGUAAGGCCUUUGGUGAGUUCAUCUAGCUUUGUGAACAAGUCUGAAAACAAAUGAGUAAGUUUGUAAAACAGUUAUCUGUCUUUUGCCAUUUUAACUCAUCUGUAUUUAACACUUAUUUAUUUGUUAGCUGUUACGGUCAGAAUUAAAUACACUUUGAACUUUGGCUAACAUUGUAAGAAGAUUUUUAAUUGUUUUUUACUCUUUUAAAACAUGAUUUCAUCAUUUUUGUAAAUUUAGGCCAUUUCUCAGAUAGCUUCUUUCUCUUCCAAUAGACCAAUUACCACUGGUCUGCAGAAUCUUUUUUUACUGUAUUCUUCUAAUAAAUGUAAAAUGUAGCCAAC